AUGUGUUUCGGCAGCAAAAAGAACCUCUAUGAUGGGGAUGAUCUCCCCCCACGACCAGCUCCAGGGCAGGCGCCUCAGCAGCCAACGUAUGCACCUGAGCCAAAAGCAAGCGCUUCGUCAUCACACCAGGCACAGCCCCAGCAGCAUCAGCAUCAGCAGCAAUAUAACCAGCCGCCGCCUCCUAGCCCCCUCUCUGCUGUUCAACCUCCAGCAUCCUGGAAUUCCAAUAAUCUGUACAGCCAGACACAAGCUACACCUCACACCAUGCCCGUUGAGCUUCCUGACUCAGUCCACAACCCUAAUGCACCAGCUGAGUUACCAGCCAACGACUAUGCCCCUCCUCCGGGGCCGCCUCCUUCUCAUACCCGGCCGGCUGUAGAGAGCUAUGCGCCUCCUCCCGGACCACCCCCUUCUCACGGAACCGGGAAUGACUACGCACCUCCCCUGGGACCACCGCCGCCCCAUUCCCACGGAGCUGGUGACGACUUUGCUCCUCCUCCCGGGCCUCCACCGUCUCACGGAGCUAGCAACGACUACGCCCCCCCUCCUGGUCCUCCUCUCCCGCGUAAUGACUACGCCUCCAUUCCCCCUCCCAGCGCUCCUCCCAUUCCCGCAGCAUCUAAACCCCAGGAGACCAAGCACGACUGGGAGUCAGUCGUCCCGGACACCUCUCUCUUUCCACCCCCUCCUGCUUUCUUCGCGGCGUAUGACUCCUCCCACGCAACCAACGCCACCGAGGCCGAAGCCGAAGCAGGCGAAGCAUGGUGCCGUCAGCACCCCCUUUCCCCGCCCAUUGACCUCGACCACCACUCCCUGGAGGCUCAAAACAACCACAACCCCCGUCUGAUGGUCCCCGAUGUGUUCAAGGGAACCCUCCAGUUCAAAGAGCACGGCAUUUGGGCCGGUCAGACAGACAGGAACGCCACUGAUUCUUGCAUUAUCGGCUAUCCCCCCCUCUACACAGUAAAAACCCACUCUCCCUUCACCUCCCCCACCCCAGAGAAGACAAUCUACUACGAAGUCGCCAUCACUUCGGCCGCCAACCCCCACGAGAUUUGUCUCAGUCUGGGGUUCACCGCCCUCCCUUACCCAUCCUUCCGGCAGCCUGGCUGGCACCGCGGGUCGUUGGCUGUUCACGGUGAUGACGGCCACAAGUUCAUCAAUGACCGGUGGGGAGGCAAGGACUUUACGGGACCGUUUAGAGUCGGGGAGAGGUAUGGUAUCGGUAUUACUUUUACCGCGGUGGCAGGGAGGAUGGAGACGGAGAUUUUCUUUACGAGGAACGGGCUGCAGGCUGGGAGGUGGAAUUUGCACGAGGAGGGUGACUCGACUGAUUUGCCCAUGACGGGGUUGGAGGGGUAUCAUGAUUUGAGUUGUGCGGUGGGCACAUAUGGGGGGGUUGGUUUUGAGGUGAUUUUUAGGCCGGAGACGUGGUUGUUUUUGCCGGAGGGGUAUUAUCCUGGGAAGAGGGGGUAG